CAGUAUUCUUCCAUUAAUCCAUUCUGUCUUCUUCGCUGCGUAUAAAAUCGUUAAAAGCUCUUCAGUUCCAGUACAAUCAAAACGCAAAAUCUUUUAGUCGUUUUUCUUUUCCUUCUCAGAAGGGAGAAAGAAUGGGGCAUUGUGCAUGUUUUGGGUUUAGGAAGCGGAAGCCCAAGGAUGAAGAAGACAGAGGUGUUGCAGAGAGAAACAAGCCUGAAUGCUCUUACGAAUCUAGAAGGAGAUCCUCAGCUCAGACAGAUGGCCCUGGUGCUCAAAAUAAAGCCCAGAUAUUCACCUACCGGCAGCUUGCAUCCGCAACAAAAGAUUUCCGAAGAGAAUCCUUCAUUGGACAAGGUGGAUUUGGUGCUGUUUUCAAAGGGCAAUUAGAAGGCUCUGGCCAGGUUGUAGCUGUUAAACAACUGGAUAAAACAGGUCUUCAAGGGGAGAAAGAGUUCUUGGUGGAGGUUCUCAUGCUUUCCCUUUUGUGCCAUCCUAAUCUUGUUACUUUGAUUGGUUAUUGUGCUGAAGGCGACCAGCGGCUUCUCGUGUAUGAGUAUAUGCCUCUCGGAUCCUUGGAAAAUCACCUCCAUGAUCUUGCACCUGAUAGGAAGCCUCUCGAUUGGAACACAAGGAUGGCAAUAGCGGCUGGUGCUGCCAAAGGGCUGGAUUAUCUGCACAAUGAAGCAGAUCCUCCUGUCAUAUACAGGGACUUGAAAGCAUCAAACAUCCUAUUGGAUGAAGGUUUUCAGCCGAAACUCUCAGAUUUCGGACUCGCAAAAUUCGGUCCAAGCGGAGAUAAGUCCCAUGUUUCCACCAGGGUCAUGGGCACUCAUGGUUACUGUGCCCCUGAAUAUGCCAAAAGUGGGAGAUUGACAAUGAAGUCCGACAUCUACAGUUUUGGAGUAGUCUUCUUAGAGCUGAUCACAGGGCGUAAAGCACUGGAUGAUACACACAGUGGCACAAAAGGCUAUCUCGUCGAUUGGGCACGUUUGAUGAUAAAAGAUCGGAAAAAUAUCCCACAGCUAGCAGAUCCAUUGCUAAGAGGUCAGUUUUCAGAAUCUAUUUUAAGGAAGGCUUUGGAGGUGGCAUUCAUGUGUCUGAGAGAAAAUGCUAGCAACCGGCCAUCUGUUAGUGAGCUUGUGCUUGCUUUGAAUUUCUUGACAUCCCAUAAGUACACCCCAGACGAGACCGACAUGACAAGUAGUAACAUCUCUGAGAAAGGCGAGUCCCCAAAGGACACAACGAGGAUGUUGGGUAAAGAUUUAGAUAGAGAACGAGCAGUUGCAGAGGCAAAGAUGUGGGGAGAAACAUGGAGAGGAAAAAGGCAACAAGGAGCACAAUCUAGUUCCAGUAGUUGGGUGAAUAGGGUUCAGAGUGGACAGUAGCUUAGGAUACAAGCAACAACAGAUUUUGGUUUAAAAGAACAUAAACAAAUAGCAGAAAAUCAGAAGACAAGUUUCUGUCAGAUUUGGUCGUGGAGCUAUUACUCAAGAUUGAGCGCAUUCAUCAAUGUUUAGUCUUUUAGCAUUUUAGGGUUCAAUGUUCUUCAACAACCAUGAAAUGGUGAUGGAUGCUGGAUUUCUUGUCU